ACCUGCUGUGAACCACCGCCGUUACAGUCCUCCACUGGCUCAAGGCUUCGGGGACUUGCUGCUCCCUCUCACUCCCGCGGCCACGGGGCCGCCCCUGUCGCGGGCUACCGCCCAGUGAGCCACGCAUACGAGGGUCUGAGGAGCGCCGCAAGCCAUGUCCACCCUCGCAGCUGCUAGGGCAGACAAUUUCUACUUCCCGCCGGGCUGGGACCCAAGCAAGGGCAGCCUCAACAAGUACCAUGGCUCGCACGGUGCACUGGGCGACCGCGCCCGCAAGUUGCACUCGGAGGGCAUCCUCAUCAUCAGGUUUGAGAUGCCUUUCAACGUCUGGUGCGGCGGCUGCAACCACCUCAUUGGCAAGGGUGUGCGGUUCAAUGCGGAGAAGAAGCAGGUGGGUCAGUACCACUCCACCCGCAUCUGGAGCUUCAAGAUGCGCACUCCCUGCUGCCAGCACCUGAUUGAGAUCCACACCGACCCCAAGAACGCCGAGUACGUGAUCGUGUCGGGAGCGCGCAGAAAGGUGGAGUCAUUUGAUGCGGAGGCAGCGGGCACGGUGGAGCUGGACCCUGCUGCACGAGACGCGUUGGCCGACCCCUUUGCCAAGUUAGAGCACGUAGAUGGCGACAAGCAGCGGGCAGCGGCCACAUACACGCAGAUCCAGGCGCUGCAGGAGGACAGCAGCGCCAAGCGCAAGGACGACUACGCGAUGAACAAGCAGCUGCGGCGGCGGAUGCGGGCAACUCGCAAGGAGGAGAAGUCGCGGGAUGAGCGGCGGCAGCAGCUGGGCCUGCCCGACCACAUCAAGCUGCUACCGGGAAACAAGGGCGAUGAGCUGCGGGCAGCGGCGCAGACCUAUGGCGGCAACUUUGAUGGUGCCUGGCGACACAGCCGGCGGCAGAUUGGCAAAGAGUCCAUCUUCUCGGGGGCUGCCCUGGCGGCAGCAGGACCACAGAAGAAACGGCCUGCGGCAGCAGCAGCGGCGGGGGCGGCAUCAGCACCAGCCGCAGGCGGAAGCAGUAAGGUGGCUAUGGCGCAGAAGCAGCGCCGCCUGGCAGCAAAUGUCAAGUUGCGGCUUUCGGAGCCCAAAGCAGCGUGAAGGUGCAGCAGCGACCUCCGUUGCUUCAAAUCCUCAUGCAUUUUUCGCUCCCCUGUCAGCUACCCAACUGUC